GACGAGUUAGGCGUGCGCUGCCAUGGACGGUGCGGGGCAGGUUGUGAUUUCAUGGAUUUGAUUUUCUAACGCAGUGCUGAGGAAGGGGUUGCAGACCCAUCGGGCCAUGGCCCUGGAAAGGGUGAAGCAGAAGGACUGGUACAAGGUCCUGGGGGCCAAACCUUCGGACAGCCCGGCAGAACUGAAACAGAAAUACCAAAAACUUGCUCUGUUGUAUCACCCUGACAAACAGGAGGCAGACGUGGCGGCGGCGGCGGCGGAGGAGCGCGUGCAGCGGUUCAUCGAGAUCCAUCAGGCGUGGAAAAUUCUGGGCAACGAGGAGACAAAAAAAGAGUAUGACCUGCAGCAGCGUGAAGAUAACCUGACAAAAGAAUGGCCACUUCAUGAACAGAUUUAUCUGGAGGACAUGUCCUGGAAUGAAGAUGAACAACUCUACACUCUGUCCUGUCGAUGUGGUGGGAAUUACAGUGUCUCCAAGAGUGAAACCAAAGAUGUAUCUUUGGUUUGUUGUGACACAUGUUCACUUGUUAUCGAGAUCCUGCAAUGAUUGUUUCAGUGAAGCACAUUGAGAGUGACAAACGUUUCAAAAGACUGGACAAACAAGUGACAGGACCUGCUGAAGAAAUGUAUGUUCAAGAAAAAGGGGGCACUACAAGAACAAGUUCAUUCAGGGUUAAAAAGGACACGUGCCCCUUUGCUCACACAGCUCUGCAGACAUGAGGCUGGGGUUCUCCUUCUGCAGCUGAAGAGCUCAUUGCUCCACACCUCCAGCCCAGAGCAGGAGUUUGUACAACUGGAAUGGAUCUCCUGACCUAAAGGUUUCUUUCCCAGCAAACAACAGAGUAGCUUCUUCCAAUUUCAGACUGAAGCAGCUCUUGAGCCCUUCUUCUUAGGUUAAAUCCUUUUAACAGCUCAGAUGACAAAAUUCAAUCACGAGGCACAGAUGUGAGAACGCUUUGAAGAUAAUGAAGAGCAAGGUUCAGCAGUGGGAAACAGGAACGUUUUCUAUUUGUAAGCUAAAUGUUUAAGUUCAUAAAAUCCUCUCAAGGGCUGGAGCCUAGAAGGAGGAGGCAAAGGCUGGCAGCUGGAAGCAGUGGCUGUCCCUGCCCUGUGACAGUGCCAUCACCUGGGCAGCCUGGAGCAGGAGCACGUGUUGAGUUGAGGCUCUCACGUCAGAACAAAUGGAGUCAUCAUUCCUGAGAGGAAAGCUAAGGAGGAAGCUGUGCUCUGACCCCACUGGGCAGCCAGGAAACCCCACAGCACUCCUGGGAGUGACCAGCAGGU